UGGAUGAUACAGACGAAAUAAUAUUCAAGCGUUUAAUGACUUGCCUUGCAUAAAAAAAUCCAGAGUUGAAAAUAAAGUUUUAAUUAGAAAAGACAGAAAAUGAUUCGUUUCCCAAUAAGAAAUAAGCCGCGAAAAAUAAAAGGUGCCAUUAUUGGCAUGGGCAGUGGACCGCCUGAAAGAAUACUGUACUUGAAAAGAGUUGUCACGAAGUUAUUUAGAGAUGAACGAAUCGAAGGUCGUGGUGAUCGUGUUGAUGAAGCUCGAGGAUAUGCAGAACAGUUAAUCAACCUGGCUAUACAGAAUGGUGAUCGACAUGAACCUACAAUGCGUAUGGCAGAUUCUUGGCUCCUGGAGAAAGAUCUUGUACAUAAGUUGUUUAAAGUAUUUGUUCCCCGUUACCAGCAGUACUCAACAUCAUUUACAUCAGUGUACAGACUGCCAGCAACUUAUCCUGGUAGUGGAGGAUUUAAUGCUGUCUUAGAAUUGAAAGGUAACCCUUACCCACCAAUCAUCCCUCGUCAGAGAGAAACACGACAUCUGUUGAGUAAUGUACUAAUAUCAGCCGCCAAUAAAGAUUAUCAUAAUGAACAAAAGCAAGCAAACACCAGGGCUGAUACUUUAACAAACUCUGUACAAGGAGAUUCCAUUAAUCGUGUGGAGGAAAAAGAAGAGAACAGUAAUUUGGAAGAAAAUUUGUCUGCAGUCAAAUCUAGUGAAAGUGUUGACAAAUCAAAAGACAGUGCAAGUGUUAAAGGUCCAACUACUUAAUUAAAAAAUAUUUUGAUAUCUAAUAAAUCUUUAAAAAAUA